GCCGCGUGUUUUCACGAAUACGAUGAUCGACUCAGCUGAAGAUCCAACCAAAUUAGAGUUUUUAAUGAAAAUAUUAGGUAAAAUCAAAUAUGAGGCCUCAGAAUUGUGAAAACUGCCUUAAUGAAGAGGUCAUGGCUUCGAAUGGUUAUUCCAGUGCUGCGGCCGUAUCAACUAAGCAGUCGAAGAACAACUCACCACCCUGUGAGUCUGGGAAUUCGAUGCCCUGGUUUGGUAUGGAUAUCGGUGGUACAUUAUGUAAGUUAGUAUACUUUGAACCAAAAUACAUAACAAAGGAUGAAGCCGAUGCAGAAGUUGAAACCUUAAAGAAUAUUCGUCAGUAUUUGACAAAAAAUUCAGCGUACGGCAAAACUGGUCAUCGAGAUGCACAUUUGCAGAUGGACGAUGUCUGUAUACGAGGCAGGCGGGGUACUUUGCACUUCAUUAGGUUUCCCACGAGCGAGAUGGGCAAUUUCCUGGCACUGGCCAAGUCCAAGGGUAUGGCCAACCUCGUGACAACGGUCUGCGCAACUGGUGGCGGAGCAUACAAAUUCGAAGAAAAUUUCAAAAAGGAAGUCAAUCUGAGUCUUGCGAAAUUUGACGAGUUAGAUAGUCUAAUAAGGGGGAUGCUUUACAUUGAGAUGACCAAUCCGUGUGAAUGUUAUUACUGGACCAAUCCAACCGAUGAUGAAAAGUGUCAGAAAAUGCCCUAUGACUUCUCAAAGCCGUAUCCGUUUUUGCUUGUAAAUAUUGGCUCGGGUGUUAGUAUAUUGGCUGUGCAAGGCCCAAAUGAUUACAGAAGGAUAAGCGGUACAAGUUUAGGUGGUGGUACGUUUUUAGGAUUAUGUUGUUUGUUAACUGGCUGUAAUACAUUUGAGGAAGCGAUAGAGCUAGCGACUAGUGGAGAUAGUACAAGGGUUGAUAAAUUGGUUAAGGAUAUUUAUGGAGGAGGUUAUUCACGAUUUGGCUUACCAGGAGACCUUGUUGCAAGCAGUUUUUACGAUGUCUGUAGUUUUGGACAGAUGAAUUCUAAGGACAGGAGGAAUACUGUAACGAAGGAGGAUCUUGCCCGCGCCACUCUCGUCACCAUAACAAAUAAUAUUGGAUCGAUAACGAGGAUGUGCGCUCUUAACGAAAAGAUCGAAAGGGUAGUAUUUGUUGGAAACUUCUUACGUGUGAAUCCUAUUUCAAUGAAGUUACUAGCUUCGGCAAUGGACUAUUGGUCGAAAGGAACACUUAAAGCUCUCUUUUUAGAACACGAGGGUUAUUUUGGUGCGGUGGGAUGUUUAUUACAAUUUACUGGUGACAUAAGUUAAGGAAGGUUAUUAUCGAGCAAUGUUUGCAUUCUAAUAGGAAUAUAUGGAAAAAUUAAACAAAUUAUACAAGAAAUAAAUUAACGACUUUAUUUAUUUCUUGUAUAAAUUUACUCAUUGAUGUAUUUAUUCAUUUGUACACAUGUACAUAAAUGCUUGUAUCAUUCCAAUUGUAAAAUGACUUGUAAUUCAGCGAAUACUUCGACAUUUUAAUUAUGGUUAUUAAUCUAUUUAUUUUAUUAUUCUAUAAUCUUUUUUUUUUUAAUUUUUUU